AUGAGUGGACCUUACGCAGGCAGGGCUGAUGAAGCUGGCAACGUGAAUCCUCAAAUCUUCGACGAAGAAGCAGAAGAAUCAAAAGGAGAGAUGGCUCGCCUUACAUCCUUUGUUGGAGCCAUUGCCAUUUCUGAGCUUGUCAAAACCACUCUAGGUCCCAAAGGUAUGGACAAAAUCCUUAAGAGCGCUGAUCCAAACGAACAGAAAAUCACAGUUACAAACGACGGUGCCACGAUUCUUAAAUCAAUCUAUGUAGAUAAUGCAGCUGCAAAAAUUUUAAUUAGGUGUUAAAUUAAUUUAUUUAAAUUUUUUUUAAUAAAUUAUAAAAAAAAAAUUAUCACCCUUUUAAUUGACAUUUCGAAAACCCAAGAUGAAGAAGUCGGGGAUGGGACAACAACAGUCGCUGUGCUUGGAGGAGAAUUAUUAAGAGAAGCAGAACAGCUUAUAAUUGCAAAAAUCCACCCUCAAAUUAUCAUUCAAGGAUGGAGACUUGCAAAAGAUGCCGCAAGAAAAACCCUUCUAUCCAUUGCAAGUGACCAUUCUCAAGAUACCGCAGUUUUCAGAAGAGACUUAGAAAGCAUUGCUGGAACCACCCUGAGCUCAAAAUUACUUGUCCAAGAAAAGGAGCAUUUUGUCAAUCUUGCUGUAGAUGCAGUAUUAAGACUCAGAGGAAGCGACGAUCUAAAGCUUAUACAAAUUAUUAAAAAGGCAGGAGGAAAUUUAAGGGACUCUUUCUUAGCUGAUGGAUUUAUUUUAGAAAAAAAAAUUGCUUCAAAAUCCCCUAAGGUUAAUUUUUUUUUUUAAAACAAUUUUAUAUAAAAAAUAUAGUAAUUGCCCGAGGAUAGCGCCAUCCUCGGGCAAUUCCUAUGCUUUUUUUUUGAAAUUUAAAAAAAAUCCUAAUUCGCAAAAAACUGGAAAGCAAAUAUUAUUUUAUUUUUAAAAUUUUUGUUUUAAAAAGCAAUUCGUUUAAAAUAAACAGAAUUAGCUCUAGAUUUCAUUAUACUAAUUAUCAUUUAUAUACCAAUUUUUUUUUCCAUAAAAAAUUUUUCUAUUAAAAAAAUUUUUGUUCACUCAUAUGGAUGGGUUUUUGGGCAAAAAAUAGCGAUUUUUCUAAUGGUUUUGUUCACUCACGGAGGGGGGAGUAAGGUAAAAAAUCACCCCAAGAAUUCUUGUCGCGAACACUCCUAUGGACUAUGAUAAAAUCAAGAUUUUCGGGUCUAAGGUAAAGGUGGAUUCUAUUGAUAAAAUAGCUGAAAUUGAAGCUGCAGAAAGGGAAAAAAUGAAAAGAAAAGUUGAUAAGAUUCUUGCACAUAAGCCAAGCAUAUUUAUUAACAGACAACUUAUAUAUGACUAUCCUGAAUCUUUGAUGGCUGAACAAGGAGUUAUGGUGAUUGAACAUGCUGAUUUUGAUGGGUGAAGGCUCAAUGAUCGUGUAAUUUUAAUAGUAUAUAUUUCGUCAUAGAAAAAUUUGGCCGAAAUUUUUUUAGUUAAAUGUAAAAAUUCUUCGAACAAAAUUUCCCCUAUUAUUAAAAAUACAUGGUCAUUUGGCAUGGAGCCGAUUUUGAUGGGGUUGAAAGACUAUCAUCUGUCUUAGGAGCUGAUAUUUUAUUAUUUAUUAAUAUAAAUAAGCCAAAGCUAUGAUAGUUAAAGCUUAUUUUGCACAUUAAUAGAGAAAUAAUUUUUCUUUAAUAUCAGAACAUUUUUAUUAAAUCAGUUUAUCUACCUUUGACUCACCAGAAACUGCAAAGCUUGGGACUUGUGAAUUACUUAAAUUAAAUUGUUGCAUUGUAUAAUGUUGCAAAAGAUUUCUACUUCUGCAAGCUCAUCAGCUCUUUAGGAACUGCCGGCUUAAAUCCAAAGCUUCAUUAUAUCUAAUUUGCUCCCGGACAUCAGCUAGCUAUGGGCCUGGAGCUUGGGAUGUAACUCUUAGUUUCACAAUGAUCCUGCUGUCUUCAGGGUCCUUAUUUCGAGCAGGAAUGGGACCUAAUCCUAGAGACGAUGGUUGACUGAGCUCUUUCCAAUCCUAUGUACUGAGAAAAAAUCCUAAGUAUCAUACAUUAUGGCAUGAGAAAAACUUCUAUACGAGUACAUUAAGGAUGCUGUAGCUGUUUAUCGACUUGGUUCCUCCUCUUGGCAUUGCCUGAGGUAUUGAGGAAAUUACGACAAGAUGUGGAAGGUCGCAUCCGCCUUAAUAAUGCACAUGGAACUUGCGAAUUAGUUGAUGAAAUCAUGAUAGGAGAAGACAAAGUCAUCAGAUUCCAAGGCUGCCAUGAAGGUAGAGCCAGCACCAUUGUGCUAAGAGGAGCUUCUACUCACAUCUUAGACGAGGCUGAACGCAGUCUUCAUGACGCUCUCUGUGUGCUUGUUCAAACCAUCAAAAAUUCCAAAGUUGUAUACGGAGGCGGAAAUACUGAAGUCACAAUGGCUGAGGCGACAGACGAGCUAGCAAGAACUAUUCCAGGCAAAAAGUCCUUACUUCUUCUUCCUUCAUGAGAGAACAAAACCAUUGGAAAAUCCAUAUUAUUUGGCCAAACCCUCUGUGAGUGGAAAAAAAAUUUUAAAUUUAUAUGAAAAAAUAUAUGCAAGUGAUAAUUAUUAUUGAAAUCUCUUUCUAAAUCUGCCAAAUUUUAAAACAAAUUAAAUUACUUUUUGGUUCCAAAUUGAGAUUCAAAAAAAAAAUUUAAAUAAAAUUUUUAAAAAAAAAUUAACCCCUCAUAGAGGAGAGGGAGUUAGCAAUUGAAGCCUAUGGCCGCGCCUUACGAAAACUCCCAAUGAUUGUGGCUGACAAUGGUGGUCUUGACAGUGCAGAAAUUAUUUCUCAAUUGAGAGCAGAAAUACACAAUGGAAACACAAGAGCAGGAAUUGACAUAAAUAAAGGAUGUGUCGGAGAUAUGGAAGAGCUCGGCAUAAAAGAGUGCUUGAGGGUUAAAGAACAAGCAUUACUUGCAGCUUCAGAAGCAGCUGAAAUGAUUUUAAGAGUUGAUGAGAUUGUAAAAGCAGCUCCAAGGAGAAGAGAAGGAUAUUAA